GCUUGUAUCAGAGUAGAAGAAUAACCAAAGUUACUGAGAACAUAUUUGUGAUUACCAGUAGAUUUUAAACAAAUAUUAGGUUUGAUUUUAUAUUUUAUUAAUUGUUAUUAUUAGUGGUUAAAGUAUAUUAUCAGAAUGGCAGGACGUGGUAGAGGAAGAAGCAAACCUUCCAUGUCAUUUGGCACAGAACAACUGGGCUUUGCUAAAGGAGAGGCACUACCGCCACCAGUCUUACAACCUCCACCAAAAUAUCCUCCUUUAGAGUACAAACCAUUACCUUUGCAUAUUACUACAGAAAUGAGCUAUUUAUUGGAGUUAAAGAGAGAAUAUGCAGAAUAUAUGAAAGAGUCACCUAACAAUGUUUUGCCUUUUGUAAUUAAAAAAGAUAUCGAGCGGUAUUCAGAUCGGUACCAAGAUUUGAUUACUGAUAAAAGUAGUUACGAGAUUAGAUACGAUUGGACCCGAAUGCCAAUAGAAUUAAAGCCUCAAAUGCGAAAACGUAAAGGACAAAAGUGUGAAGAUGUACAGAAGAAACGACAGAAUGUUGACAUAGAAUUAAAAUUGCAAGAAUUAGAGAAGAAGGAGAGUUUGCAACAAAUUGAUGCAGAAGAAGAGGGAAAGGAGGAAGAAGAAACAGAAGAGAAAGAUGAAGAACAUGUGGAAGAUGAAGAAGAAGAAAUGGACGAGGAAAUGGACGAGGGAACCGAUUACGUAAACAAUUAUUUUGAUAACGGAGAGGGUUACGAUGAUGAAGACGAUAAUUUAGACGAUGGACCUAUUUAUUAACAUAUGAGUUUUUAUAAGAAUCGAAAUUUUCUCUCUGUUUUCAAUUAUUGGACUAAAAUACUUAUAAAUUAUUUUUUAAUGUUUAAAUAUCGCAAGAUCUAAUGCGCUCGCUCAUAUUUUUUUA